AUGGCGGACGAGGCCGAGCAGGCCUUCUUCCAGGCCCAAGUCAUGAAUGCCGAUGUGGCAGACUCUGUCCCCGAGGGUCAAGGCGCACAUAACUCAGACUCAGAUGAAUAUGAUCCUUCCAAGACCCUGGAAGAUCAAUUCCCGGACCCAGUGGAUCCCCAGCAGAAUCAAGAAAUGCCGUCGGAGACCGUGGCAACGGACCCAUCUCCCAACCCAACCGCUGCCCCAGACAUGCCUGCGGGCUAUGACACUCCCGAUCCUUCCCAGACCCCCUCCCGUGCUGCGUCUCAGACGUCCACGCCGCUGCCCCCGUCUGGGGCUUUGAUGCAGCCCAAGACCAGAACGAUCGGGGGAUUUGUGGUUGAGGAUGAUGACGAGGAUGAAAAGGGUGAUGCGGACUACGAGCCGCCGGCGGUGCUUGGGGUUGAUGACACUAAUGCGAUGCCUGUGACCAUGUCUGAAGAUCCAAGUUCAGGAAAUGCAAAUCAAAACACUUCCACCCCCGAUGUAUCACACCCCGCUGUGCCGGGCCCUGCCAGCGCGCAAGAUGUUGCAAAUAGUUCUUAUUCUCCUGUUCCUGUUCCUAAUAUUGAUGCUUCCUCUGUCCCUGGUUCCGCUCAGUGGGCUCCGCAGGAUUUUCGAUCCGGGAGUUUGCAGACCAGUACCGCCCCUACUCCUAUGCCUGAAUCGCCUUCGGCCUCCCGAGGUCGUCUGCCCCAUGACCGGGUUGGGAUUCUGCAAGAUCGCAUUGAUGAGGAUCCCCGGGGGGAUAUCCCUGCGUGGCUGGAGUUGAUUGCCGAGCAUCGAAACCGCAACAGACUGGACAAUGCGCGCGAGACCUAUGAGCGCUUUUUGAAGGUGUUCCCCAUGGCGGCUGACCAGUGGGUGGCAUAUGCUAACAUGGAGUCGGAGGUCAACGAACUCUUCCGUCUGGAGCAGAUCUUCAGCCGAACCCUUCUGACCAUCCCCAGUGUCCAGCUAUGGUCGGUGUAUUUGGAUUAUGUGCGUCGUCGGAACCCUUUGACGACCGACACCAGCGGGCAAUCGAGGCGAGUUAUCUCAUCGGCCUAUGAUCUCGCCCUGCAGUACGUCGGGAUAGACAAGGACAGUGGAGAAAUCUGGUCAGACUAUGUUGAGUUCGUCCGGUCCGGUCCGGGCAAUGUCGGAGGCUCUGGAUGGCAAGACCAGCAGAAGAUGGACCUGCUCCGGAAGGCCUACCAGCGAGCCAUUUGUGUUCCGACCCAGGCCAUCAACGCCCUCUGGAAGGAUUAUGAUCAAUUCGAGAUGGGUCUCAAUAAGCUCACCGGUCGCAAGUUUCUCCAGGAACAGUCGCCGUCGUAUAUGACGGCACGCAGCUCUUUCACAGAAUUGCAGAACAUCACCCGGGAUCUGGUUCGUACCUCGCUCCCACAGUUGCCCCCUGUGCCGGGCGCAGAGGGAGACGUGGAAUUUUCCCAACAAGUGGACAUCUGGAAACGCUGGAUCGCUUGGGAAAAGGAGGACCCCUUGGUUCUUAAAGAAGACGACCUAGCUGCCUUCAAGGGCCGCGUGGGGUACGUCUACAAGCAGGCACUCAUGGCCUUGCGAUUUUUACCUGAGACCUGGUUCGAGGCGGCGGAAUUCUGUUUCAUGAACAACAUGGAGAGCGAGGGCAACGACUUCUUGAAGCAGGGUAUCGAGGCAAACCCAGAGAGCUGCCUACUCUCCUUCAAGCUCGCGGAUCGAUUGGAGGUUACCUCGGACUCGGAACAAGAUGCUUCCAAGCGAGCGGCCAAAGUACGGGAGCCUUAUGACAAGCUUCUGGAUUCUCUUUACGAUUUGAUCAACCAGGCCCGCACUCGAGAGUCUCAGGAUGUUGCACGAAUCGAGGAGACGUUUGCGCAGCAAAAACCCGACACCCAGCAGAACGAGGACGAUGACGACGCCACCAGCGAAACAAAGGAGAUGGAAGCGGCCAAGAAAGCACAGAUUGAUGCCGUUCGACAAGCCCAUUCAAUCCAGAUAACCAUUCUUUCCAAAACCAUCUCCUUUGGCUGGAUCGCCCUCAUGCGAGCGAUGCGCCGUAUCCAAGGCAAAGGAAAGCCCGGAGAGCUGGCGGGCUCACGACAGAUCUUUGCGGAGUCCCGCAAAAGAGGCCGUAUCACCAGCGACGUGUACAUCGCCAGUGCUCUCAUGGAGUACCAUUGCUACAAGGACCCCGCAGCAACCAAGAUCUUUGAACGCGGCGCAAAACUCUUCCCUGAGGAUGAGAAUUUCGCGCUCGAGUACCUGAAACAUCUGAUUGACAUCAACGACAUUAUCAAUGCCCGAGCUGUCUUCGAGACCACCGUCCGACGGUUGGCAGCCAAUCCUGAGAACGUGCACAAGGCUAAGCCGAUUUUCGCCUUCUUGCACGAAUAUGAAUCUCGGUACGGCGACCUGAUCCAAGUGAUCAACCUGGAAAGCCGAAUGCGCGAACUCUACCCCGAAGAUCCUGCGUUGGAUCAAUUUGCACACCGUUACUCUGCCCCGUCCUUUGACCCGGUGGCUGUUCGGCCCAUCCUCUCCCCCUCGCAAACGAGGCCCAAGACUGCGUUUGCUGGAGCUCCUGCAGAGUCCCGCGGCACUCCUACACCAAGAUACUUGGAAGCUUCCACCAGUUCACCAAAGAGACCGUUCCCCUCCGACGAUUUUGACGAUGAUGCCAACCGCCCACGCAAGUUCGCUCGCGCCGAGUCCCCGCUCAAGACCGCGCAAAGUCGACGGGACCCGCCGAAGCGAGGACAGCCACUCAACGGCCAAACUACUCAAUACAAACCGCAAGGUUCUCCGGCGCCCUUGCCUCGUGAUGUCGUUCAUCUGCUAAGCAUCAUCCCCCCGGCAUCCGCCUACAACAUCUCUCGCCUGUCUCCCGAGAAGAUGAUUGACCUCCUCCGCCGUGUCGACAUCCCGACGUCCACGUCUCAGAUCCCUCUCCCGGCGAAUGUGCGUGGACUCGGGGCAGCUCAAAAUCCUGCUUUGGGGGUCAACCCCUACACUGGUAAAUGA